CACAUCCAGAAAACAACUUCUACAGAAAGAACAGGUGAUCAUGCUUUUUCUAGCAUCACGGACACCACUAAGAGAAAAAAAAGGAUGCAGUAAGGCAAUCAUACUGACAAGGUCCAUUACUCGUAAAUCUCUGAUAAAGAAAAACAAAAAUGAAGGUGCAGUGGAGACCCCGAACACAAAAAUAUCUGCUAAGGGAAAGGCAAUAUCUAAGAUGAAGAAAGAUUUGAGCAAAACAAAAGAUACUUUCAUUCAUGAUUAUUCUGUUUUCCCUGAAACAUUACAAUAUAGACUUCCUACCGAAAAUGAAAAAGGUCAACCUCCUCAACCUCACUCAAACAUUCUCAAAUUGAUUUUUGAACAGGGUGGUGUGGAAUCAAUGGAUUUAAAUAUGAACCAAGAGAAAUUUUCUAGAUACCCAAUGACCACUCCUGCAAAGCUGAACAAAAGAGCCACAAGACCGACAUCAGUCAAGAUGCUAACUUCAGACUUUAUUGAUGAUUCAUUAUAUAACGUUAACUAUGGUUAUUUUGCCAAAGAGGCUGUCAUUUUUCAACCAGAUAGGCCUUUUGAUUAUAAUCAUUUAGCUGGUCAAGAUGAGUUUAUGCAGAAAUGGUUGCAAGCAUACGACAAGUAUGACCAAGAAAAUACCAAAACUUUACAAGUUAUCCCAAGACCGAAAAAAAGUGGCAAAUCCGAAGACAAAGGUGGAAAUCAAAGUAAAGCUUCAGGUCCAGCAAAGACCGUCGAAACGGAGCAAGAUAAAAUAGUGAAACCUUCACUACAAUUAUGGCAUACUCCAACAGAAUUGUUUCAGCCGUUCUAUGGUGAGGCAUUGGCCCGUUAUAUCUUGGUGAACUACAAAUUAAACAAAUUUCCAUAUAACGAUCUUGUGAUAUAUGAAGCCGGUGCUGGUAACGGUACCUUGAUGCUCAACAUACUAGAUUAUUUAGAAAAAAAUGAGCCAGAGGUAUAUGCAAGAACAAAGUAUAGAAUUAUUGAGAUCUCAUCGAAGUUAUUCAAUAAGCAGAACUCAAGAUUGGAGAAGCACAAGGAUAAGGUUGAAGUCAUUAACAAGUCUAUUUUGGAAUGGGACACACUGGUGAGCGAGCCCUGCUUCUUUAUCGCUUUGGAGGUUUUUGACAAUCUUUCACACGAUGUGGUAAGAUUUGAUAUUGACACGAAGCAGCCAUUCCAAGGCUAUGUAGUGAUCGAUGAACAUAAUGACUUUCAGGAGUACUACUCUCCCGAGCUCGAGCCGUGGACUAAGGGGUUUUUAAAGUUGAGAGAAGAGAGUCAGUACCCUAUCAAAUCACUAAGCGGACAUCCAAUCAAUCAAUUCUACCCUUGGAUGAAGUUGCGGAAUAUGUUAAAUCCUUUAAGAGACAAUCUUACGGAACCAGAGUACAUUCCAACCCGACUUUACAAGCUUUUCAAAAUCCUCAAGCAAUAUUUCCCACAGCACCAAAUACUAGCAUCUGACUUUUCUCAUUUUGACAAGACAAUCAAGGGCUACAACUCGCCUACUGUACAGACAAUGUACAAAGAUAACAUGGUGAACACAGACACAUAUAUGGUGGAGCAAGGAUACUUCGAUAUCAUGUUCCCUACAGAUUUCAGAGCCAUUAACGAGCUUUAUAGACAGGUAACUGGAAAUGUGAGUAGCACGUGCUCUCAUGCCGAGUUUCUUACUCAGUGGGCCGAAGUCGAGAAGACAAAGACUAAAUCAGGUGAAAACCCAAUGCUUGAGCUCUAUUCUAAUGCCGACUUCAUCUACUCGUGAAAAGCAUUUGCCGUCUAACCGGUCUUUUCACAUUUGUAAGCACUCAUAAACUGUAUAUAUCCCCUAAUAGACUCAGCUACUCGCAACCGGCUUUAGUGGACUGGUAGAAGUAUUAUUUCCGU